CCAAGUGUGGCCGCAAGACCAAGUAUUUGGCACGAGGUGGCGCCAAUGAGCUGCAGAAGACAUGUCUGCCCCACACUGAAGCUGGCCUGCCAUGGGGCCCCACACGCCUCUCCUCGUCUUGCUUCUCCUGUCCCUUUCCAAGCCCCUACAAGGGCAGCAGCAGCACCACCUUGUGGAGUACAUGGAGCGUCGGUUGUCUGCCCUGGAGAGGCGACUGGCCCAGUGCCAGGAUCAGAGCAGCCGACAUGCUGCUGAACUUCGGGACUUCAAGAACAAAAUGUUACCUCUGCUGGAGGCAGCAGAAAGGAGCGGGAACCCCUCAGGUCUGAGGGCGGACAACAUUGCAGGCAGGGUAGACCGGCUGGAUCGGGAGGUGGACUAUCUAGAAACCCAGAAUCCUGCCCCACCCUUUAUCGAGGUGGAUGAGAAGGCAACAGGAGGACCCGGGACCAAGGCUAAAGGCAGAAAUGAGAAGUAUGAUCUUCUGACAGAAUGUAGUCACACAAUCUCCCAGGUGAGAUCCAUGAAGAUCUUGAAACGUUUUGGAAGCCCAGCAGGAAUGUGGACUAAGGACCCACUGGGGCCGUCAGAGAAGAUCUUUGUGCUUGAUGGGACACAAAAUGAUACAGCUUACGUCUUCCCACGCUUGCGUGACUUCACCCUCUCAACAGCUGCCCGCAAAGCUUCUCGUGUCCGGCUCCCCUUCCCCUGGGUGGGCACUGGGCAACUGGUAUAUGGAGGAUUCCUGUAUUAUGCCCGAAGGCCCCCAGGAGGACCAGGUGGAGGUGAGGAUCGAGGAGACAUGUUGCAGCUCAUCAAAUUCCAUUUAGCAAACCGGACCGUGGUAGACAGUUCUGUGUUCCCUGCUGAAGGGCUGAUCCCUCCCUACGGACUCUCUAAGGACACGUACAUUGACCUGGCAGCAGAUGAGGAGGGGCUAUGGGCUGUCUAUGCCACCCAGGAGGAUGAUAGGCACUUGUGCCUGGCCAAACUGGAUCCCCAGACACUAGACACAGAGCAGCAGUGGGACACCCCCUGCCCACGGGAAAAUGCAGAGGCUGCCUUUGUCAUCUGCGGGGCCCUUUAUGUUGUCUAUAAUACCCGCCCUGCCAGCCGUGCCCGAGUCCAGUGUUCCUUUGAUGCCAGUGGCACUCUAACUCCAGAGCAGGCGGCACACCCUUACUUCCCCCGUCGUUACGGAGCCCACGCCAGCCUCCGAUACAACCCUCGAGAGCGCCAACUCUAUGCUUGGGAUGAUGGCUACCAGAUUGUCUACAAGUUAGAAAUGAAGAAGAAGGAAGAAGAAGUCUGAGAGGAUCCCACCUCCCAUUAACUUUGUCUCACUCCGUUUCCUGUUCCUCAAUCUCCAGAUUCUUCAAAUUUGGGUAAAUGCUAGUUGAAUUCUCGUAUUUCAUGCUUCUUGGGACCAAAACACUCACAGCCCUUGGUUUGAUGUGGAACACAAGACUCCAAAGCCUUGAAUGUUCCAGAAGGACAAAAAUCCCAAACCUGGUAGUCAUCUAACUUGCGUUCCCUGCCCCAUAUCUUCAAAUUUCAAGCCAGUCUAGGAAGAAUCAGGCCCAGACAACUCUGGACCUGAGUGGUGGGAGUAGAAAAGGGACGGAGAGAGUGGGACAGGCCAAAGACCAUAGUGGGUAGGGAGAAGCAAGCCCAGGGCUUCAUGCUCUUGGGAGUGGGAAGGUUCAAGGUACAAAACCCCAUAAUUCUAUUACAUCCCCCUACCUUCCUUUCUCCUUGCCACCUUCACCUCACCUCUACCCGAGAACUGAAAUUCUCUUAACGUUGUUUUAUAUUGCAGUAUUUUCAUUAAAUGGG